CGGGGCGCGCCGUGGUUGGCGGGCGGCGGCGGCGGGCCCGGCACCCGGAAGAGCCGCCGACUCGAGCGCAACAGGCGGCCGAGCGGGGCUGCGCGGCGCCGACCGGGCCCGGGAUGGACAAGCUGAAGAAGGUGCUCAGCGGCCAGGACACCGAGGACCGGGGCGGCCUGGCCGAGGUCGUCGAGGCAUCUUCGUUAAGCUGGGGCACCAGAAUAAAAGGCUUCAUUGCGUGUUUUGCUGCAGGAAUUGUCUGCUCACUGCUGGGAACUCUUCUGCUCUGGGUCCCCAGAAAGGGACUGUACCUCUUCGCGGUGUUUUACACCUUUGGUAACAUCGCAUCGAUUGGGAGCACCGUCUUCCUCAUGGGGCCCAUGAAACAGCUGAAGCGAAUGUUCGAGCCGACGCGCCUGAUCGCGACUGUCAUGGUGCUGCUGUGUUUUACACUCACCCUGUGUUCUGCCUUCUGGUGGCAUAACAAGGGGCUCGCUCUCAUCUUCUGCAUUUUGCAGUCCUUGGCCCUGACGUGGUAUAGCCUUUCCUUCAUUCCGUAUGCAAGGGAUGCCGUGAAGAAGUGUUUUGCUGUGUGUCUUGCAUAACCCACGGUCCGUUUUUGCAAAGCUUUGGAAGAAGGCACCAUGCCCGGAAGCUGGUGGACGGUUUUGUAAAUACCUUCUAAACCUCUUGCAGACACGUGCCUUUUCUCUCGCAGCCGCGUGUUGCUUGUGAGCCGAACAUUGGAGGGCUGCUUUUGGAGGCAGUGUUGGUUUCGCAGACCCAAACGUCUAUAGCACGGUGUGAGAGAUGGGUUCUGGAUCUUAGGGAGUAGAAUAUUCCUCAUGCACCUGUUUCCUCUUUGGAAGGUGUUCCCCUGGAGUCUCGUAAAUAAAAACCUCGUUAAGCAGCA